AUGGCCAAAAGAUGCAAGCGUGCGACGAAAGCCGCCAGUGUUGCAGCCCCUCGACCAGUGACAAGCCCAUACACAAGCCCCACUGUCACCUUGCACUUCGGUCCUACUCUCCAGGAAUACUAUCUGCCAGAUACCCUGCUGCAACAGCUGGAGAAAAUCCCCAGUCGUGAUCCAUGGACAGGCAAGAUUCACCUCGCAGAUGUGGACGCGAGCAUCGGUCACGUCCUGAUUCAUUUCCUGCACACGGGUGUUUAUCAGACUCUGAACGACGAAAGUAUCGGAAACACUAAAAACACACAGCAAGAUAUCGUCCUCAAUGAAUUUCAAACAGCUCUCCUUACCCUUGAGGUCGCUAAGAAGUACGGUGUGCCUGGUCUCCAGGACUUAGCGCAAGUCGAGCUGGAGCGACGAGGCGAGGAUAUGUGUUUACGCGAUGCUGUGCGCGUUAUUCGAGAGGAUCUCAUCGUGGGCCCUUCUGGAGAACACGCGUGGCUUCGAGACUACGUUUCGAUGAAAGUGCGGUCGGCCUUCAAACACGACCCCUCCGCAAUAUUGGCACCAGACUUCUUCGACAACAUCGAAAGCCCUACGUUGACGAAGCUGGUAGCUCAAAUCACCGUUGGUCUGUUAAGCGAAGAGAUAGACAAGUUGCGCAAAGAAAAGACUGCAACCGGUCGGAUCUCAGCACCUGAACACGACGAACUUCAAGGGCCGUGUUCGCCUGACAUAGCAGACUUACCUUCAAAGUGUGCCACUCAGGGUCCCAACGCAUGGCCCACGUCUGUACAGAAGUUUGGAGCUUUCGAUGACUCGUCAGCUGCCUGGGGUCCUCAUCGUCUGGCUCAGGACGGGAGUCGCGGUCAGGAGGCUGAUGCGCCUGCAGCCUUACCUUCAAGCAUCGAGGAAGACAGCCACGCGACCGAGAGAAUAGACGCAGAGUCAUGGGGAUUAGACGAAGACAAAGUUGAGACUCAGCACCUUCGAGUCGAGCAGGCAACCAUUGCGCAGUCUCAGGAGGGGGAUGAUGCCACCGCGAACUCUACCGUUACCAAAUACGAAGACGAUGGAGCCGAGGUUCAGCCGCUCAGGAGCAUCUGGGGUAGUCUUGGAAAGAAAAAAAAGAAGUCUAAGGCCAAUAUCAGCUAUCAGCCCGCUCCUGUGUCACCACCUAACAUCCAGGUCGAGGUUGAUCCAACACUAGUCGUUUCUGAUAUCGACACUAUUGCUCCAGAUGUACCCGGUGCACAAGAACGUCUAGAGACUGAGAGAGAUCCUUAUGCAGGACUCACUAAGUCACAAGUGAAGAAGUUGAAGGCCAGAUUAUACCAAGAGGCGAAGUCGAACGAAGAGGAAGAAGAGAAGCGCCAGAGAGAGGAAGAAGUGGCUGCCGAGAUCAGACAACAGGGAGAACAAGAGCAAGAAAGGAGACUCCUAGAAGAGGAAGAACAGAGGAUCCAGGAAGAGGAAGAAGCUGACUUGAGGAGGAUUGAGGAAGAGGAAGCUGCCGCCGCCGCCGCCGAAGCCGAAGCCGAAGCCGAGAUUUGCAAGAAGAGGGAAGAGCAGGAAACGCAGCCCAGGGAUGCGUUUCCUGCGGCUCCGCUUGAAAAAACGAAGAACAAGAAGAUUAAGCGAACAGAACAGAUGGGCUUAGAAGAUUGGGAAGCCAAUACCAAGAAGAUCGAGGGGGAGGACGUCACUGCUGCAGAUACCAGAGCGGAGACCUGUCCGACGAAGGACGACGAUCCUUGGGAUGAUUGGGGUCCUGCCGCUUCAAUUACUGAAAAGAAGAAGAAGUCUAGAAAACCAAAAGACUUGACCCUAGCAGAAGAUGAAGAGAACGAGCGAAUCCGUCAGGAAGAAGAAAACGCUGCUGUCGCUACUACUACAGCUGAUCUGAGCGCCGUCGGCUCGACGGGUGCUACAUUUGGUGACGAUGACUGUAAACUGCGUGUGGAGCAUCUAUCACAGAAUUGUGGGUGGCAGAACUGCGAACCAUGCGUACUUUACAUGCGGAAGAUUGCUAUGAAGCUUCACUCAAAAGGGCUACCGAUCGAAGAUGGGUUCAAUACGAUCAAUUGA